CAGUUUACCGGUUGCCUUCUGACCGAUCAAUCGAUCGCUGUGAGUGGAUUAUUAUUGAGAAGAUUAAAUUCAAAUAAAAAAGAAAAGAAAAUCUCAAAUCAAAUUGUGACUGCCGGAACCAAAGGAUAUUUUGUGGAUUAUUUUUCAAGCAGUUUGGGAGACAAAACAAAAACCAAAAAAACAAAAACAAACAAAAAUCAAAAAACCAUGUUGAAGUUUAUGUGUUUAUUUGCCCUAGUGGCAACAUCUGCUGCUGCCACCCACUCAGCCUCAGAGGCCGAUGGUCUAUUGACCAGUGCCCUAAAAAUGGUCAAAGAUUGUGGCGAUCGAUCAGUUGUGUUGUGUCUCAAGGAACGUGCCCUGCACUACUUCGAUACGGAGAAUGGUGAUGUGAAGUUGACGGAAGGCAUUGCUCUGGUGAAAACUGAUGACAUACCCGUGGGACGUUCGUUAAAUGAAAUUUCCUUGCCUGAGGAAAAUGAAGCGCGUGAAAAUGAGGUCGAUUCAUUGUUGGUAGAACGUAUUGCACGUUUCUUUGGCACACAUACUCUGCAGUUCAAGGUUCCCAAAGACUCCAUACAGGAUAUGCAACGUGCUUUGGAAGAAUCGCGUGGCAAGAAGAAAGAAAAGAAGAAGUAUUUGAUGCCCUUGUUAUUGCUUUUCAAACUGAAAAUGGCCGCCCUAUUGCCCUUGGCCAUUGGUUUCUUGGCCUUAUUAUCCUUCAAGGCUUUGGUCAUUGGUAAGAUUGCCCUCAUCUUAUCCUCCAUCAUUGGUUUGAAGAAACUCUUGGAGAAGAAGGAUAACUACGAAGUGGUGGCACAUCCUCACUAUGAUGAGCAUAGUUAUGGACGUGCGUUACGUGAUGCUCAAAAUCUCGCCUAUAAUGCCUACAAGAAAUAAGUUAAGGGGGUCUGGGGAUAAAUAGCAACAAUACAUAGCAUAAUGGCAUCCAGAAAAGUUAAUGUCGAAGAAAACUUGGAAAAAAAAGAACAAACGAACGAAGACAAAGACAUCCAUGGAAAAUAUCUCUAUUGGUAUUUUCUUAAGUAUUUUUGAUUUAUUUAUUUAUUUUUUGUUUUCUUUUUUAUUAUGACACAUAAGAGCCUCUGGGAGUGCAAUACAUCCUGAUUUAUUUAAUUUAUUUAUUUAAAGAGUUUUUUGUAUUUAUUUUUAAUUUAUUAAAUUAUUUAUUUCAAAUGUUAUGUUAAAGAAAAUUAUAGGAAAUCAAGCCAUGUUUUAUUUCUCGGAACAGAAAUUCCCUAACAAAAAGGGAAACUGUUUUUAGAGGAAUUCAUCAAUUGUUAUGAAGACAAAAGAAGAGCAAGAAAGAAAACCUCUACCUAUUUAUUGCUUGUUGUAUGGUAUCAUCAUCAAUAGUUUUUAAGUUUCUACCAAAAACAAAUGAACUACAAUUCAAAGACAAUAGUUUAAUAGCAUUAUUUAUGUCA